AUGGAACCUAAUAAAAUAUUCACCGUUAGGGCUACCGAAAACCCGGAAUGCAAUGAAUCUCUACCGAACUCUUCCCGGAUUACUGCAUUUCAACCCAAAGUCCUCGAAACCAAAAGUUUUCCACAUCAGCGGGGCUAUCGAUUUGUGGGAAGCGAUCGGGGGGUUGAUCUUAAUAAUAUUUCCCAUAUUCCCGAAACGGUUCACAACAAAACGCGAGAACGGAUACUAUAUGGGCUACGGUUAUGCAAUCUAAACCAGGAGGAACGGAGGCAACAGGAGCAACUUCGAUUACGCUAUCGCAUGAGCCCCAACUCUUUGUGGGCUCGCCGUUGCGAUAACCGGACGCCAAGGCCAUCGGAUUAUUACUCAUACGCGCAUAAUUCCUCUUCUUCUUCCACACCCACUUCCCAAACGAAUACCGAGGACAAUUGGGUUACCUCGUUCACGCGGCACGAACGACCUUCGCGGUUUUCCGAUCCCAUGAGUUUCCUACCCGGCAUUGAGGAAUGGGAUGACGUGGAGGCGAGGUGGAUGGGAAAUUUUCUUUACCCUUCCAACACGUCUUCAGAGCUCUCGACGGACAAAACGGAAUCUCUGGGGGAAGGGUGGUAUCACAAGCCGCAGGGCUUUCCCGGGAUGACGCCAGCUGCAACAGACGCGUUCACUGAACGGACCUACGCCCAGGAGGAGAAGGCGGGCCAACUUGUUACAACACCGCGCGAACAGGGGAACAUGGGGUAUGGAACCAUCCUCGGGAUAGGGGAGGAUGACCUGAAACGCAGGAUCUCCUUGCGCCUGAACUGGAUAAUCGAUCAAAAAAUUAAUUGUGUUUUGGCUGAGAAUAAGCGCCGAGAGAUGAUUAUUGAGGAAGAGUCUGAGAGAAGGGUGGGCUGCCAAGUCAUGAUGCAGUCACUUUUUUUAUCGCUUCUUAGGAAGGAAAAGAAGCGCGCUCAACAGCGUCGUCUACAUGCUGAACUGAAGGAAGCCGCAGAGCGCUCAAUUGAGCGCAAGGAAAGACGUUAUGUAUUUCAAAGGUGA